UCUUCUCUCGUCUUGUCUUCUUCGUCUCGUGUUUGGUUUUUGAGAGACUUUGUUUGACUUUUCUCUUUGGCUUUUGGUGGACCGUCGCUGCUCUCCGAUGGCGAUUAGUGGAAUUGCUCAAGUUUCGAGGAUUCUUACGGUGGUGUUGUUGUUGCUGACUGUUAAUUACGGCGAAGCUAUAUGGUUGACGAUUCCGGCGUCGGGAGGGACCAAGUGUGUCUCCGAGGAGAUACAGAGCCACGUCGUCGUUUUGGCUGAUUACUAUAUCGUCGAUGAGCAUAAUCCUGAAAACACACCGGCUGUUUCUUCUAAGGUAACAUCUCCUUAUGGGAACAAUCUUCAUCACCAAGAAAAUGUAACACAUGGUCAGUUUGCAUUUACAACUCAAGAAGCAGGGAACUACUUGGCUUGUUUCUGGGUUGAUUCCAGUCUAAAGCUAGCUAAUCCUUUAACCCUUGGGGUUGAUUGGAAGAUGGGUAUCGCAGCCAAAGAUUGGGACUCUGUUGCUAAAAAGGAAAAGAUCGAGGGUGUUGAGCUUCAGUUGAGGAGACUCGAAGGGUUAGUGCAAGCUAUUCGUGAGAACUUAAAGUAUAUAAAAGACAGGGAAGCUGAGAUGCGUGAAACGAGUGAAACAACUAACUCAAGAGUGGCUUGGUUCAGUAUAAUGUCACUCGGGGUCUGCGUUGUGGUUGCAGGUUCACAGAUAGUGUACCUGAAGCGGUAUUUCCACAAGAAGAAACUCAUCUAAAACUUGGCUUGAAGGAUACCUACCUACCUACUAUAUAUAUAGUAACAGCAGCACACAUCCCCACCUUGAGAAGAGGGAUAAGAUCAAGUUUGUAGAGUCAAUUGGUUUAAGAUCGAAGAACGAACGCCUUUUCGUUUACAUUUCAGUAAAACUUUAGAUUGUGCACAGAUCACUUUGUGUUUGUUUGAACUCUGUUGGAGUAGAAACAAAAAUACAGUAAUGUGACAAUGUACCAAAGUUUUUAUUUA